AUCUUGAAGUGCACACCUCCAGGCUUCCUCUAUGUCUUGACUGCGACCUUGAUGAACAUGGCUUACUCUCAAGGCGACCCGGAGCUGCUCUCCCGCGGGACCCGGAGCCGGGCACGGCGCCGGGAUCGACGGUCGUUCAAUGCGUGGGAGGCGGAGGGGGUUUCCCAAGGACAACAGCGCUGUGGGAGAAACCGGGUUCAACACAACGCUGUUGGUGGAUUGGUUUGAGCUUCAUGUUGUUUCUGCUGCCAGAUGCGAUGUUUGACGUGGAGUGGAGUAUUUCAAAGAGACUGGAAGGGUCCCCUCAAAGUGCCCACAGAAGGCUUUCCGAUGUGGAGCUGGCAGUGGGUGGCCUUGGCCAAUGCUUCGCGGGAAGUAUGUCAGUGAACAGUGAGGGGCAGCCACAUCAACACCAACAAAUGGCUGUACACUUUGCUUCUAUGGCUGUGGCGUGCUUUUUAGGACCUUUCGUUGCGAAGUUCCAUCCCACUCCCUGCAUUUAGAUGGGCAAAGCGCUUUGAACGGUGCUUGUUUGAGUUGAGCUGCUCAAGAAAGAAACUGAACCCCUUUUUUUCCCUGCCAUCCUCCCGGCUGACCCGAACGGGCUCAUGCCAAUGUUUGUAGCGACGUUGUUCUUCCUCGCCCGCCUGACCUAUGCAGCCAAUGCAGAAUGCGACGAGGAGUCGCUGCUACAAGUCAAAUCCGAGAAGGUGGUGGUUGUCUCUGGCUGCAUGAGCGAAAGCAACAAUUCGAUCACGGAGGAUAUGUGCACAUUGGCUAAACAGAACUUCCAAGAGUACACCGACUAUCAUGGCUACAAGCUGGUAUUCUUCACCCAGACCCCUCCCGGUGCGGAAGACAGGCCCCCACACUGGUCAAAAGUGUUGGCACUUCUGAAUGUGCUCGAAUAUGAGCCGGAGGUGGACUACGUGUUUUGGACAGACAGCGAUUCGCUCUUUGUGAAUCAGACCAUCAGCUUGAUGAACUACGCGCCCAGAGGAAGCAGCUCCAUGACCUUCAGUGGAGAUUACCUUUGCUACUUUAACUCUGGGCACAUGUUGUUCAAGAACGACCAGUGGACGCGUCAAUUCUUGAAGGAAGUUUGGGACACCUAUCCUUCCCCGUACCCGUGGCAAGAUCAGUCGGCCAUGAUUUACGUCAUGCACAAGUUCUCUGCCUCCAAAGCAGCAAAAAAGAAAGCAGAAACAUGUCGUGAUCAUUUGCCGGACCUGGCGGGUGAUCCAGAGGGAUGCUGCAACCCGAAGCUGGUCACUGGCGUGGACAUGCGUCCAAAGGAUGAGCUCAACGCCUUGAACUACUACAAAGACGGCGUUCCCAAAACAGGACUCUUCAUCGUGCACUUUGCAGGCCGCGAUGCAGCGUACAAGACGAAGACCAUGAGGGAUACGAUGCAGCUCGUGUAUCAUGGUUGAUGAACUGGUACGCACUGGCACUGACUGAGAAAAAGAGUCCGUGCGGCCGGUGAUGUUGCUUUCUUUCGAGGCCACCAGG